GAUAUGAUUUAUUAUUUAGGGGCUAUGAUGGGAUUGGUACCCUAUUCUUUUUGAUGAUAUGGAAUAGAAUACUCUAAAAUUUUUAAAUCAUGUACUAAUGCAUUCUUGGACUUGAUAUUUGUAAGUAAAUGAAAUAGUCAAUUUUUUGCUACAGGUUUUAAUUUUACAUCAGUUGUUUUAAUGGAUACAGUAAAAAUACAUUUGGUCACUGUCUCUUUUGAUGUAGCUUCCUCUUCUUCUUUUAAAUGGAAUAACUUUUAAACAUUAUUGACCAUAUAUUACGUUGCUGACGUAUCUGCUUUCCAAACCGGCGAUGUCAUCACCUAUCAAACGUUAACUGGAAACCUGUAAAGUUAAAGGGUAAAAUCGGCAAGGAUGUUGUGUAAAAGUCUGACAUUACAUUAUGUUAAAAUCAAUAUUACUUACCUAAUUUAUACACAAUAUAUGACUAUUCAGCAAAUAAGCCCAAAGUUUAAUGCAUAUAUCUAUUCGAUUCCAGAAUAAAGAGGAAAUGUAAUCUCCAAGUUAAAAAUAUGUCAGUUUCAAUCCAAGAAGUGACAUAUAGGCAAAAUAUUGAAUUCGUGCAAACCGGUUCAAUUUUGUAAAACCCGUUUUAAAGAGACUGGUUUAUCAAUUAAUUCGGAUCCAAUAUAAACCAAAACCCUAAAACCUCGAUUGUCCGUUAACCGGUUAUUUCUCUCUUGCGCCUUCUUCUCUGUCUCAACUCUCACUUCACUUAACCAAAUGUAUCCUCCUAGGGUUUAGGGUUUAUGGUCGAGCAACUCAUUUGGGAGCGAACCCAAAUCAAGCCGAAGGCAAGUCGAUUGAAUGCGGUGGCCGAUCCCGACUGCGAUUUCGUCGACGGCUAAGGCGCUUCUUCACCGACACUCCCCGAAGAACGGUAUCAUCGCUCCUUCGUUUCGACUCUGCAAGUUUCGAGCUUUCUCUAGCGCUGUUGACUACCGAGAGAUACUGAGAACUGGGCUUCACGGUAUCAAGCCCGAUGAAGCUGUGGACUUGUUCGGUUACAUGGCUGAGUCUCGUCCCCUGCCUAACAUCAUCGAGUUCAACAAAGUACUGACUGCUAUCGCCAAGAUGAAGAGUUACGAAACUGUGAUCAGACUCUGGAGUAUUGUGGAGGAUGAUGAGGGUGUAGAGAUCUCGCCUGAUAUCUACACCUGCAACAUCUUAGUCAAGUGUUUUAUCCGCUGCUGUUGUCAUCCUUGUGUUGCUAUGUCUUUUCUUGGGAAGAUGAUGAAGCUUGGUGUUGAGCCGGAUGUGGUUACGGGCAGCUUGUUGGUUAAUGGGUUUUGCCAGAUCAAUAGAUUUGAUGAGGCUUUCUAUGUGGCUGAGCAGAUGAAGAAGAUGGGUGUUACCCUUAAUGUUGUAGUCUACACCAUACUCAUUGAUGGUCUAUGUAGGAAUAGGUUUUUGAAUGAAGCCAUUAAUGUUUUUGGCCUUAUGGAGAAGGAAGGAGUUGCUCCGAAUGUGUUUACCUACACGUCUCUCAUUAGUGGUCUUUGUAACGCAUGUAAGUUGAGUGAAGCCUCUCACGUACUUCGGCAGAUGAUCUCCAGGAAAAUUGAUCCGAAUGUAGUCACUUUCACUACACUAAUCAAUGCGUAUGUGAAAGCUGGGAAGUUUUCGGAAUUUUGGGAGCUGUACCAGGAGAUGAUCAAGAUGUCUAUAGAUCCUAAUGUUGUCACUUACACUUCAGUGAUCAAUGGGUUGUGCAUGCACAAUCAUGUGGACAGGGCCAAGAAAGCUUUUGAAGAUAUGCAAAGGAAUGGGUGUGCCCCAAAUGUAUUGACUUACUCUACUCUUGCAAAUGGACUUUUCAAGUCGAACAGGUUCAACGAAGGGAUUGAACUUUUAAAGGAGAUGUCUGACAGUGGAGUUGCUGAAAACACAGUCUCUCGCAACACCCUUAUCCAAGGGUGUAUUCAAGCAGGCAAAAUCAGUUCUGCGCAAGAAAUUUUUGAAAGGAUGCCUUCUGAUGGUCUGCCUCCCAAUAUUAGGAGCUACAACAUUGUGUUAGCUGGUCUAUUUGUUUAUGGAAAGGUAAAGAAAGCAUUGAGUACAUAUGAACUUAUGCAAAAGACUAGAAAUGAUCUUGAUAUUGUUACAUAUACUAUCAUGAUUCAUUGGAUGUGCAAGGAUGGUAAGGCGGAUGAAGCAUUUAAGUUGUUCUUCAGCCUCAGCAGUAAAGGAGUGGAGCCUGAUGAUAAAGCAUACACGGCAAUGAUCUCAGGGUUGAAGAAGAACGGCAUGCUGGCUAGAGCGCAUGCAUUGACCAGGGCUUACCAGAAAUACAAGCGGAACAGAGAAAGUAUAUAGGGGAUUUCUAAUGAGACACAUUUACGCACUCCUAGCUCCUUAAGGUAUCUCUGUCCAAGCUCCAUUCUAUGGUAUGCCUGCUCCUGGAAAGAGCAACACAUAUCUGUUACCGAAGCAAGUGUAUCAAUGAAGAGGCCAGAGAUUUGAAAAGGCAAGUUGGAGAAUGAGCUGAACAGAAUCCAGCAGGUUUUUCAAAUCCAUACGACAUUGGUUUUUGAGAACGUAAAGAAUCCUGAAGCAUUCGGUUUCCAAAGUGCAAAGGGAUGCCAGGAGUUGCGCUACUUGGCUGAUAGAAUCGAAGCAUUUCACAAACCGACUGUUUUACAUCAAAACAUUUCAAAGGGAUACUAGGAGUUGAGCUACUUGGCUGCUAAAUCAAGCCAUGCCACAAACUGACUGUUUUACACCAUACAUUCUUUCUUCUACUAACUAACUUUCAUUAUGUGUUGUUCUUACAAAUUUGUAGCUUGUACCAAUGAUCAGUCAGGUUGCUUGGUCUAAUUUUAACCAAGCUUCCAAAAUGUUGUAAAAGAACCAUUUUUAUCACUAUAUGUUUGUGAAAGUACUUAAGAUGA